CCCGCCCCUUCCGGCCACCUCAGUCCGUCCCGGGGGCCGCGGAGCAACGUCGAGAUGGUGCUCCUCACGAUGAUCGCGCGGGUGGCGGACGGGCUGCCUUUGGCGGCCUCCAUGCAGGAGGACGAGCAGUCAGGCCGAGACUUGCAGCAGUACCAGAGCCAAGCCAAGCAGUUGUUCCGGAAGCUAAAUGAACAGUCUCCUACCAGGUGCACCUUGGAAGCAGGAGCCAUGGCUUUUCAUUAUGUCAUUGAGAGAGGAGUAUGUUAUCUGGUUCUCUGUGAAGCUGCCUUCCCCAAAAAGCUGGCCUUUGCUUACCUGGAGGAUUUGCACUCAGAAUUUGAUGAACAACAUGGAAAGAAGGUGCCCACAGUGUCGAGGCCCUAUUCUUUCAUUGAAUUUGACACUUACAUCCAGAAAACCAAGAAACUUUAUAUUGACAGCCGCGCAAGAAGAAACCUUAGCUCCAUCAACACAGAGUUACAGGAUGUUCAAAGGAUCAUGGUAGCCAACAUUGAGGAAGUCUUACAGCGAGGGGAGGCACUUUCAGCUUUGGAUUCCAAGGCCAACAACCUGUCCAGUUUGUCCAAGAAAUAUCGCCAGGAUGCAAAGUAUCUGAACAUGCGCUCCACCUACGCCAAGCUUGCUGCUAUUGCUGUGUUUUUUAUCAUGCUGAUUGUCUAUGUGCGGUUCUGGUGGCUGUAAAUAGUUACCAGGCGCCCCAAAAGGGAAAACUGAUAGCAUAGCAGGUGCAUAGUUGCAAGAGGCCAAGAUCCCAGGACUAUAUAUCAGAAUCACCGUCGGUAUAUCUUGUGGUGAAGAUUGCUGCUCCUCUCCAGUGAAUCAGUUCCAAAAUAUCAGAGCC